AUGUCUGAUAAUGUCGGCCUCUCGACGCCACGAGGCAGUGGAACCUCCGGCUACGUCCAGCGGAACCUCGCCCAGGUCAGGCCGCGUGAUUACGGCGCGCCGUAUCCCAAAGAUCGAGACAGCAUGCGACACAGGCAGCGACAACCGGACAAGGCAAUUCUCGAGCACGACCGAAAGAGAGAGAUCGAGGUCAAAGUAUUCGACUUGAGAGACCAGCUUGAGGAAGAAGAGGUUGAUGAAGAGGAGAUUGAUCGCCGUUGCGACGAACUACGAAAGAAACUACUUGCAGAGAUGAAUUCAAAAAAUAAGGCCAACGCACCGAGGAGGGCUUUCAAAGAGCAUCAAGUGCACGAGAUGGCCGACGCGAAGAUCAAAGAGAGUGAGCGUCUCAGGAGAGCCCUGAAGAUUAGCUCUGACUAUGAGGAGGGAGGACACUGGAAGAAACAAGAGGAGAGAUUGCAGGAGGCACUGGCAAAGAAG